AACCAUCGAACGGAACAACAGCACGUUCCGUAACUCGAGUUGCCAUAGUCCCCGCCCCGUGCCACAGGAACACGCGCCGAGGACAGACCCUAUAUAACCUGGGUCGUUCCUUCAUCCUCUCCAGUGCCAGCUGAGAAGUGACCUACAGAGGUAGAAACAAGGAACAGCUUCCACUAAUGGGCAAUUUUUAACAACCAGCACCUCUUUUACUUCGAGCCAUCCGCACCUUGCAACCGCAACAUCAUCCUUAUCCUUUAAGGUUUCCAUCUUCCAUCUUUGAGCAGAUAUCCACCUAACGUCAGAGAAAAUGGCAGCAAUUCCAUCAAGUGGCUCCCUCAUUGCCACCCAUGAUUACUAUAGAAGGCGCCUUGGGUCCGCCUCCAGCAACAGCUCCUGUGGUAGUGCAGAGUACACAGGGGAGAUCAUUCCACACCACCCAGGGCUUCCAAGGCAAGAUUCUGGACACUGGUGGACUUCCUUUUUCUUUGCAAAACCAAACCAGCCCGGCAUGCAGAACGGAUCUGAAAAUCAAAAGACCUACACAGUAGCCGACGGUCAGGUGACCUGCGUCGCCAGGGAAAUGGUUUUGAAAAGGCAACUCAGCGAAACAAGUGAAAGUGGAAAGUCUGAAUCGUCAACACCUCCAUUACCAACAUCCUUUUAGACUCCCCCUGCCACCACCCUCCCCCCCUCCUCCCCUUCCUCCCCCCUGUUCACCCCCCAGCACCUUUGCGCCUCCCUCACCCUCAGCUUGCCAUCCACCUUCAUAGUCCUACACUGGAGAUGAAGAUGAAGAUGGUGAAGAUGAGGGUGUGUUACCUUUAGUAUUUAGAGAUUGCUUUUCAUAUCUGCCUAUGUAUAGUAUCUUUUUAUUAUGACCAAGAGUGAAAAAUAAAUCAAGUAUGUAAAAAGUUUUUUUCAUUAUGUUCCUGUGACUUGACACUGUUAAUAAAAAAUAAAAUGCUGUUGCAAAACAAAC